AUGCCCCAGGAUUAUCCUCAGGCUGCACUUCCUCCUCCGGCCUGCAGGGCGGCAGCAGAGAGCGGCAGCCGGCCGCUGGACAGGCGGAGCAUCGGCAUGAGCGACUUCUGGCACAAGAUGGGCUGCUGUGUGGUGGCCAAACCGCCGCCGAAGAAGAAGAGGAGGAAGAUUGACCGCAGUAUGAUCGGAGAGCCGACCAACUUCAUCCACCUCACGCACAUCGGCUCCGGAGAGAUGGCAGAGGGCCUGCAGCCGUCGGGGUCGGUUCAGGAGCAGAUGAGGUCUAAAGGCCCGAACAUGAAUGGCAGGAACAGCCUGUUAUAGCUGGAGUGUGUAAAACUGAACCCAUACCAGCUGACUGACCUCCUCCUCCUCCUUCCUCUGAACCUCUGAGCCUCUUCUCCUCCAUCCGACCGCCAGCCGGAGGCCGAGACGGCCCUCCUGCCCUGCUGAAGUGUUCUUGAGCAAACCCACGACCACCUGCAGGGGGCGCUGUCCUGACCUGGAACAAGCCAGAUUUCACUGUGAAAAUUUCAGUUUCCAUGAAAUGUGGCCACCAGGCUGUCUCCUUUUGUGCAUUUUCUUUAGAAACUUUUAAUUUUUUCUACUAGCCAUGACUGAAAAUCAGCAGUUGCUGUUAGAAACCAUCCAAACACGAGUCCAGACGGAGACUCCCACCCAGCUAAGGUCUUUAUCACGUCCAACGAACCACCAGCUCUGGAUCUGAUCCUGCAAAACAAACACAAACACAAACACAAGGACUUCAUUUCCCAGCAUGCCCCUGAGCUUUCUCUACUUUCGCAUUUUGCCAAAUGAACUGUUUUCAUUAUCAAAAUUAUUAUGAAACAAACUAUUUGGAUCGGGUAAAUUAGAGACUUGGUGGUGGUAUUUCCCCGCGUCAGUAUUAAAAUAUACCCACAGAUCCCAUCACUGGACUCCACUUCCCAGCAUCCUUUCCUAGUCAUGAUUUCCAAUAAGCGACAGAAUGUCUGUAAUUUUUGGCUCAAAAGUGUUAAAUUCCCAAAAAGAAUGACUACAUUUCCCAGGAUUGAGUGAGACAUUUUCAGGUCUGGAGGGUUUCCUUCCUAGACUCCAUUUCCCAGGUUGCUUCAUUCUGCUCAGCGCUCAGCUUUUAAAGGAUUAUUUCACCUUUAUUCUGGCUGUUUUUCAGCCCUCAUGUUUGUUCAGGGAUCACAUGGCCACAGUGAUGACAUCAUCGGACUUUAUUUCCCAGGAUGCCUCGGUGUGGCCAGCCCCACUGCUGGUGCUGAAUGAUGAAAGACUCUUGUUUUAGGAGAUGGGAAAGUCCCAUGAAUCCCUGCUACACUGGACUGUGUGUGUGUGAGUGUGUGUGUUUAAUACUCCCAGUUUAAAUAUAGACGUCGCUCCGCUGAACUCUGAGGACACACAGUUCAAAAGUCCCGUUCGAGAACCACCCCAUCUUGUAAAAGUUCUUUGUUUCCACUUUCUUUUCGCUGCAGAAUUUUUCCUCCUGUCACUCGACUGUUCAGACUGCGGUGCGCGGGCCCUAAAUGGGUCUUCAGCUGACACAUUUUGGGUCCUCAAGUGAUACGUUGAGAUGCUUUUGUUAAAAACAUUUUAUGCUGCAUCUGGUGUUUGAUCAAGUGUUUUCCCGCUUUGUAUCGUGAGCGUUUUUCAAGCACAUGUUUGUAAUUUUCUGCCGUUUCAAUGGAUCUGCUUAAAUGUUCUCAAACUUCAGGACGUUUUGGUUGAUGUGUGGACGGAGUUAUUUAAUCGGCUUGCAUGUAAAAUGCCUUUAAUAUAUUCCUAUAAAAAUGAAUGAAUUGUUUUAAAUUUUGUUAAAAAAAAAACUACAUUUUUGUGAGUUUGUGGUAACAUUUCUGCCGUAAUUAUAAGAAAAAACUUAUUACAAAAAUAUCCCAGCACUUUCUAAAGAACAGUCCAGGAUUUAACAUUGAUUCUCCACCACCAACCAAACUAUGUUCAGUUUUCUAGAUAUUUUACAAAUUUCCUCAUUUUAUUUAUUUAUGUAAAUGUCAAAUUGUACUUUCAAACAGUUAUAUCCAGAUGGUCCAAAUGUGUCAGAUGAUUCUUUACACGAGCUAACUAGUUAAACAACUAACUAAAUCCUUUUGUUUCUGCUUAUUUUUGUUUCUGGUCUGGCUAAUUAACAAAUAAUCCAUUUUCACCAUUUCCCCACUUAAUUAUGGAUUGCGUCAGUACUGAUUGAUUGAUUGGUUUCUAUCACUUCUGUAGCAGUUCCAAAGUUUCUUCCCGCUGUAGUUUCUGCUCUACAUGUUGAAUUAGGUAAAUAAACAAAUACUAAGAUGGGUAAAAGUUCCCUGUGACCCUCCACAGGACAGAAAAUAUAGAGAUGGAUAGACAAAAGUUUCGAAUGAAAGCAAAAACAACCAGAAGUAAGGAAAAGGUGCAGACGUAUGUGAACGCAGCAAUAGCUCCUUGGGGGGGAAGUCCAUGUGAAUGAUGAAUGGUUGCCUUGGAAACCGCUGAGUCAUGGUGUUCCCUCUCACCGUGGCGACCGGCCACUUCCUCCCUGCGGCUACAACUGAUGCAGUCAGAAAGUCCGUUAAAGGAAAAUCUGAGCUGCUCCUGCUGCUGUUGGUCCUUGUGGUGCAUUCACUGGAUUUCUCAGAGUGUGGGAGUUUUUGCAUUCCCUCCUUUAUUACUGCUCCCUGUUAAACUAUUCUACUUGGUUCAUUACAAACUUCUUUUGACAAAACUACAAAAGUUUGGUGCAGAAAAUGGUGUAAACUCGGAAACGUGCUGUAAAACAGGAAUAACUUUGCAGAAAUAUCCUCCAUUAAGGUGUAUUUUACUGUCAGAACUUUUUUUUCUCCCAUAUUAAUAAUUAUGUGCUGUUUGGUUGCCAUCGUUGUCUUUAAACCUUCAGACCUCUUGGCUCAAUCUGCCUCAUUGUGAUUCUUGGAAACUCGGAGCUGCUCUCAGGAUCAGUCGCCGGCUGCUGAAGUUGUUUAUCUCCGCCAUAGUUUCUCUCUUCCUCUUCCUCUUCCUCUUCGCUCACCGUCUCUGCUUACAGUCCAACAACACUGGAGAGAACUUUCCCUUCCAAUGUCUCCUGAACAUACGACCUGAACAUGAAAUAUGUAGUUUGAUCUGUUCCGUCAAGUUUUCUUAUUAUCAUCAAAUGCUUUUUAUGCUUUAUUUGUUGUGGUUUGUGGAAGAUAAUGUUGAUCUAUGUUUGUAUUAUUGUCUCAUUCUGAAUAUUAUUAUUGUAAGAUUAUCGAUCACAAAGACUUUCUGUGACUUUCGGCACCUUGAGCCUCGGUGUUUCCUGUUGCCCAAACCUGCAGGAAACACUGAAUAAAAGUCAGUUUCAGCUCAUUUUCCUCUUACAGAAGCUGUUAACCUGCUCAGACCUUUAAAUCAACUUUAAUCUGAGAUGAACCAAUUGGCAGCUGAAGCGUACCGAGCUGCAGUUCCUCUACCGUCCACUAGGGGUUGUUGAAUUUUAGGUGCAUUGACGAGAAUGAGGAAAAAACUACAAAUUUGUCUCAGCCGGUCAUGCUCUGCAGUGGAGGUUCUGGUUUGUGGUUUAGAAAACUGUGAGCAAGAAAAACUGAUUUUAAGAAACUUGCAGCUGUUUCAAUGACGAUCUGCCGACCUGGUGAGAUUUGAGAAAUGUGGUGAAGAUAAAAAAGAUCCUAAAGCUGCCUCCUGUUUUUGGUAUUUUACAGAUUAAUAUAAAUGCACCUGAUUCAGAUGUUAUCAGUUGUUAUCAUGCCCCAUAGAUAUUAGCUGUAGAUGGACUCCUCCACGUUCUCCCGGGGACAUUAUCAUCUGUUCUACUACAUACCGAUAACAAGUUACCCUUCAAACACACAAAUUUAGGCAGUUAACAUGAGGUACACAUAGAAAAACUGGGAUUUUCACGCCAAAACAUGACCAUUUUCUAACUUGAACCAACUUAACUUGACAGUGACUAAAAGCAAAAGUCACAAUAAACCUUAAGUCAAAAACAAAUACAAACAUAAUGACAUUCAAACUUGACCCAUCCAUCCUCCAAAUGCAGCCUUUCCGGACUCUGCAUGUGGAACCACAAAGUACUGCUAGAAUUAAAUGAACUAAAAACCAAACAGGAUAUCUGUGGGCUUGAUAAUAAGUGAUAACACUGACUUAAUCAUCCGCAAUAGGUUGCGUGUAAUAGAGAAAAUAUCAUUCUAAAACCCAGAAGAUGGUGCUCCUUAAACAGAAGUGACUAUUUUGUGUGGACUGAGAAGUAAAUUGCACAAAAUAUUAGAUAUGAAUCUGACUUUGAGGUAAAAAUAAACCAAAUUACAGUUUUGUGAGCAAGAUAAAAACGUCUGCAUGUAAAAUGAUGAACGUUUUCAAACAUGUAAUGAAUUCUACAGAAAAAAAAUUGUGCAAAACAAAAUCAUUUAGAAAAUACAAAUUCAUCCAAAAGAAUAUAUCAUCUUUCAAGACUUCAGAUGCUGAUUCCUGCCAUUAAAGGGACACCACCUGUGACCUGAAAAACUACUGUUGACAUUCUGAGAGUGAAAUUUAAAGUGCAAUUUAUCUUUGAAGUCCUAAUAAAUUAACCUCAAAUUAAAAAACAAAACAAAAAAAAUAAAAUGUCUUUUUAAAUAGUGCUCACACAACAUAUGUAGUGAAAUAUAUGUUGUGUUAAAGUGACAUGAAUGUGUGAUUUCUGUGUGACUGAUGAUGAUUUUUUUGUAUUUGCUGUUUGGUUUUGUUAUGUAACUUCUUCCUCCUCUGCAGAAACAGAAAUACAGAUUGACUUUAUUCCUCCUUGUUAUGUAACUCGUGUCUCACGACGGCUGAAUAAAUCUGCUGUUUUCUCUCCAAA